GUUAUACUCAUUUGAGUUUAAAGUAAAACUCAUUUCCAAUGUGCUCAAUAUAAGUUUGUGUGUUUUCAUUUCUUUUAGACAUAUACUUAUUUGAAUUUAAUAUAAAACUCAUUUGAGAUCAAUAGCAGCAAGGAUUCCUCAGCAACGAAUUUGACUCUCCUUGUCUCUCAAAAUCACAAGCUUAAACAGCAAAACUGUGUCAGAAAAGGAGAAAAAAAAAGUGGAAAGAAAGACAGAGGAGGAGAGGUAACUACACCGGGGCCGUUGCGUUUGUGCCGGAGAGGAAGGGGUGAGUGGUGAUCGAGAGGCGGCUGUGAGCAGUGAGUUGAAGGAGAAAGGAAUGAACGUCGGCGACAGUGUGUCUGAUGCGAAAUCAGACCGCGAAGCAAGCGAAAUCAGAGAAGUCUGGUGCGAAGCCGAAGUGUAGAAGUCUGGUGCGAAGGGCCUGGUACGUGCGAAGGCCAGUUUGAAGAAGCGCAGUAACCAAGAAAAGUCCGACUAUAUCGUGCGCAACUAUAACCGGCUUUGGGGGUAUUUUACGCGGGAACAAAUCCAGAAUAGAAAUGGAGGACUGCGUCUUGAGCCCUCCAUAAUUUCUUCAAAAUACCGACUCUCUUGAGCCUCCAUAACGGCUCCUUCUGCUUUGGCGCGAAUGAACUUCCAUUUUUCAGCACGGAUUUACUCCGACUAUGAAAUUAUGGAGUAUUGUUAUGUUAUUCAUCAUCAACGUCUUUCAGUCUUUUCUCCCGAUCUGAUCCUUCUUCAUCGCCAUCCUCCCAGGCGUCAAGAUUUCCUCACUUUCGCGCCAUUUUCAUCUUCCCAUGGACACGGCCGUAGCGAAGACGAACCGCAUGGGGAACAUUCUGGUCAAAACCCUCUCCUUCGGCGUCCUCGUCUUCCUCGCCCGCUUCGCUUACUUCAUCACCAUUACAGGCAACACUUACGACUCCCGUGCAGUCACUGACGCGAUCAACACCGCCGCCGCCGUCCGUCUCCGGGACUUCUACUCUUCCCUCUUCCACGAUCUCAUCGCCGAGGGAUUCCUCUCCCUCAAUUCCAGAACUCUCUGCAUCGGAACCCUAACCGGUGAAGACGUCGCCACAUUGCGAGAAAUCGGGGUCGCCGAUUCAAUCGGAAUCGCCGCGAAAUCAUCUCCGCCGUUAGUUCGGUACGGUCAUGGCUCUCGGAUUCCGUUCAAGGACGAAGCGUUUGACUUCAUAUUUUCCGGCAAUAUGGAUCUGGAGCGUACGGAUAGACCGACCGAGUUCGCGAAGGAAGUUUCCAGAACCCUAAACCCGGGAGGCUUCUUCGUGGUCCUUACAUCAGGAACAGAUCUGUACAGUCUGAACUCCCUUCUCGCGUUAUUCAAUUCCUGCAGAGCAAUUCGAACCAGUGAAAUUGACGGAAUUGAUUUCCCAUCUCAAAACAUUCGCGAAGUCGUGUUGAUGAAAGACAACUCUAUUCCUGAUGAUUAUGUUGAUGGGAGGAGGAAAAAAGCUUCCAAAUGCUCUGCUCCAGGAUUCAUUCAUGAAUUGAUCAGAAAAGCAGAACCACUGAUUGCAGAAGAACCAUUGAAGCCCUGGGUAAUUUUUAGGAGAAAUUUAAAGAACAUUACAUAUCUCUCUUCCAUCGUAGAUAUCAGCUUCAAGCAUAAAUAUAUAUACAUUGAUGUUGGAUCUAGGAACUAUGCCUCCAGCAUAGGCAAUUGGUUUAAAAAGCACUAUCCAAAACAGAACAAACCAUUCCAAAUCUAUGCAAUUGAAGCAGACAGCACAUUCCACGAUGAAUACAGAACGAAGAAAGGGGUUACCCUUCUUCCUUACGCCGCAUGGAUUAGGAACGAGACCCUGUUCUUUGAGAUAACCAGAGAACCAAACAAGAACAUGGAUAGAUCCAGAGGAGGAAUGGGGAGGAUUCAAACAGUGCAAUCUUCACUGGAAUUCACAGGGAAGGCAGACAAGAUCCAGGGAUUUGAUUUUGCGAAAUGGUUGAAGGGUUUGGGGUUGAGGAACGAUUAUGUGGUGAUGAAGAUGGAUGUGGAAGGGACAGAGUUUCAUCUGAUUCCGAGGAUGAUUGAGAGUGGGGUGAUGUGUUUGGUGGAUGAGCUGUUCCUGGAAUGCCAUUACAGUAGGUGGCAGAGGUGUUGCCCAGGUGUUAGAAGUCCAAAGUAUCAAAAGACUUAUGAUCAAUGCCUUGCUCUGUUUUCUUCUCUCAGAGAGAGGGGAGUUUUUGUGCACCAAUGGUGGUGACUCUCUGGUAAACAUCAAUUUAUAUUUUUCUCCUUUGUACAUAAAAUAUUCUUUCUUAUUAAUUCCUCAGUUUUUUUAACAUAAAUUUUGUUGCUCAGAAAUAGUUCUGAUCAAAUAGUAAAAGGUAUAUAGCUGAACAACC